GUCGCGGGGCGCUUCCGGCCGCGGCUGUGGGGGUGGGUGUGGAGAAGCCCCUCAGCCUCCGGGUCUUCUCCUGUUGCGGGGUCGACGUGGCGAGGUGUGCGGAGGAGGCGGCGGCCAGACGGCGUGGAGUGGUCUUACUUCAGAAACAUGGCUACGGAUUGGCUGGGCAGUAUUGUGUCCAUCAACUGUGGAGAUAGCUUGGGGGUCUAUCAGGGAAGAGUGUCCGCAGUGGAUCAGAUCAGCCAGACCAUUUCUCUCACCCGGCCUUUCCACAAUGGAGUGAAGUGCCUCGUGCCAGAAGUCACCUUCAGGGCAGGUGACAUUACGGAAUUAAAAAUUCUGGAGAUACCAGGUCCUGGAGAAAACCAACAUUUUGGAGACCUUCAUCAGACAGAAUUAGGCCCAUCUGGUGUUGGGUACCAAAUGGGUAUCAAUCAGAAUGGCAUGGGCAAGCUGGUGAAGAAGCCAGCCUCUUCCAGCAGUGCCCCUCAGAAUAUCCCUAAGAGGACAGACGUGAAGAGUCAGGAUGUUGCUGUUUCCCCACAGCAGCAGCAGUGCUCAAAGAGCUAUGUGGACAGGCACACGGAGUCCCUGAGUCAGUCCAAAAGUUUCCGCCGUCGGCACAACUCUUGGUCAUCUAGUAGCAGACACCCAAAUCAGGCAACUCCAAAGAAAAGUGGCUUAAAGAAUGGCCAAAUGAAGAAUAAAGAUGACGAGUGCUUCGGGGAUGAUAUCGAAGAGAUCCCAGACACAGAUUUUGAUUUUGAAGGGAACCUGGCCCUUUUUGACAAGGCAGCUGUGUUUGAGGAGAUUGAUACCUAUGAGAGGAGAAGCGGUACCCGUUCCCGGGGCAUCCCAAAUGAAAGGCCAACUCGGUACCGCCACGAUGAGAACAUCCUGGAGUCAGAGCCCAUUGUCUAUCGGCGGAUCACAGUGCCCCACAAUGUGAGCAAGGAGUUCUGCACGGAGACGACCUGCACGGCCAGCAGCACGGCGCUUCGGCCUGGGGGCUCCACGAGGAUGUCCCCACCUGGGCUGCUCUCUGCUUAUAGCGAUUCCCAUGUGGUGUUCUUUCCACCCUCAGAUCUGCCCUCUAGCCCUGUGGACCUGGUGAUCAACUGCCUGGACUGCCCCGAGAAUGCCUUCCUGCGGGACCAGCCUUGGUACAAGGCAGCGGUGGCCUGGGCCAACCGGAACCGGGCGCCGGUGCUCAGCAUUGACCCACCCGUGCACGAAGGCGAACAGGGCAUUGACGCCAAGUGGUCGCUGGCUCUGGGCCUGCCUCUGCCGCUGGGGGAGCGCGCGGGCCGCAUCUACCUGUGUGACAUCGGCCUCCCCCAGCAGGUGUUCCAGGAGGUGGGCAUCAGCUACCACUCACCCUUUGGCUGCAAGUUUGUCAUUCCAUUGCACUCUGCCUAGAGGGGCUCUGGGCGAGUUGGACCCUGCAGUCCCCUGCUGCUCCGGACACACUGAACUUGACAACGAACGCCUUAAGGAUGUGAAGCUUCAUGGACCUUGUUAAAUUUUUUCGCUUUUGGAUUUGUUACUUCUGUGAGAGAACAGAUCAUAAUUUAAAAAUGACCUGUCACCUGCCCGUAGCCGAGGAAGGCUUUCCCACUGGGUGUCCUGGGUGGGCGGCAGGCUGAGUGGCUCUCUGCAUCUCUACACGUAGCCCCCUGCGUGGCUGGGUGGGGCUUUGUUUACAGACUUAGGCAGCUCACGGACCGAGUUUUCAGGUUUACAGUCACUGGGGCCUGGGCAAGCACCUUGCGGGGUGGGGCGGGUCCUGUUUGGGGGGCCUGUUCUUGCUAUGGCUCCGUGUCUUCUGCCCCCCGCACCCCCCGCCCCUCCGGGCAGCCUUUCUCCCGAUCAUGUCGAACUGGCUGUGCUGCAGCUGCCCGCCAGAGGGCAGACUUGCACUCCGUUCAUUUUGAGGGCUUUGAGGAGGCCUUCCCAGAGUCCCACCACAAGUUGAUUUGGGGACUUUUGACCCUUUCUCCUGAGCUGAUGCAAGUUUUAUGCUGGGAGUUUUUUCAAGGGUCCUUCUUCCUUUCCGCUCCAUCACUCUGAGAGGCAGGGAAGUGGGUGGCAUCAGGAUGGUUUUACUGUAUUGGGAUUUUAUACUGUUUUUCUGUUUUCAGCAUAGGUAGUACGAGACUAUGUUACUAUAGAACCACAGUGCCCAUCUUGCCAGCAGUGCCCCCAGCCCCAUACCCUCUCUGGCUGGGGGCAGAGCCUUUGCCUAGUCUGGGGCCAGAGCCCUCAGGGUGCAGCUUUAAUGUUCAGUAUUGGGGAGGUUCCUGGGGGAGCCUGGUGCUGAGCCAGAAGAGGCUCCCUGGUGCUUCUGUCUUAGGCCACCACUACCCCGCUCCCACCUCCUUGCCUGCCUCUAUACCCCCUUUCUUCUGCCCCGUCUCUUUCCCCUGAAACGGUCUUUUGCAGCUGUUGUCCCAGAGCAGGGCGCAUGUCCCUCCCCUGUCUGGGCCCCACCCCAGUUCUUACAAUGUCUGGGCUUUGAACCCUUUAUGGUUGUCCACUCUAGAUGAGUACGCUUGGGGCCAGCACCCUAUCUCAAAAGAUGCCAAAAUGAGGCUAGUUCUAGAUGAGCCAGCUGGCGGGGCUCAGCCAUAGGAACUUACUGCUGCUCAGAUCCUAAGGCAGGAAAGCGCUUGGACCUCAUAGGCUUAGGCCUUGGAGGCUGGUGUCAGAACAGGAGCCAUGCCCUGGAGUCCCUGGCAGGGGCCCUUGCAAAAAGUUCAUGCUUUAAAGCCUUUUUCAGGCCUUCAGGCUUACCUUCUGCUCUCUGCUCACCCACUCUGGUUAAGGGGGUGAGUGGGAGGGCUCACCAAGGAUCAUGGACACAGGGUAGGGCCCUGCUACCAUGGGCUUCAGGCUACUUAACGCUUUUCUUAUAGGAACAUAGCCAGGAGCAGAUGAGGCAGGGCAGAGGGCUGGUCCCUCCUUUCCUCCCGUCCUCCCUCAAAUGUUAAAUCGUCUCCACCAGUGGGAGGAGGCCAGAGACUGUGAGCCUUGUUGUGUAUAUCCUCCCUGAGCCUCUGCUCACUCUCAGGGCCAAGAAGCUCCCAAGAGGGAGCCCUCUCUUUAGAGGCAGGGUCAUAGUCUGCGGAGCAGUGCUGGGUUAUAGGCAUUUUAGUAAGCAACCAUUAAACAGUUUCUGGGUGCCUGCCUGUUCAUGCAGUAAGGCCCCCCGCUUGGGUACGGUGGAAGAGGAGCUUGAGGAGCCCUGGCUCAGCAGACUCUGAUUGAUCCGGUAAGUUGCAGUGGCCCUGGGGGUGAAGGCCUUGUUGAGGGGCCACUGGGAGGUUGUGCCCAAGCCUGUCUUCUCUCUGCGGGUGGCUCUGGAGCCUCUUCCUGCCCUUAGCCUGGGCCUUCCCCGGUCCUAUUAAAGAUCAGCAUGAUUCCUCUACCUUCAGCUCUUUUCAGAGGCAUCCUACCCCCUCCUCCCCCCCGCCCAGUCCCCAGGGGGCCCCAUUCAGGUGGUCAGGACCAUCACCCAUGCAGCUCUUGGGGAACCAAAAACCAGCACUUAAAAUAAAGCUGAAUGACAAGA